AUGGUCAUGCUUCUUGUUCUUGUUAAACGAAGCAAACCUAGAAAACCGACUCUUUUAUUCUUAAAUCCAUUUCCUUAUUACGCUUCAUAUUCAUAUUCAUAUUCUAAAUUUUCUGACUGUGUUGUAUGGCUUUUUGAUUUUUUAAUACCUCAAUCCAAUCCUUAUAUCGAAGCAAAUAAUAUUGAAUUUUAUAAAACUUGGAAUGGCAAAGCUUUAAUUAAUUUUAAAUGGAGA